CUCUCAGCAUGCCACCUUUUUCGCUGGCGCUAGUCACAUUCAUUUCUAGUCUCAUUACCACUACAAACUCAGAUGUUUCAGCAAUGCAAGAACAGCAUAGGAAUUACUUUGGCGCUGGUGAUUUUGAUUUUUGGUACUGGGAUCUUGCCUGGCUGGUUUGGGAUAAGCAAUGCUCGCAGUAUAACAUAAGUCGUCCAAUAGAUACACGCAUCACAGGUGGCGAUCUAGCUGCGCCCAACAUGUUUCCCUAUCAGGUGGGUCUGUUGCUGCUGCGCGCUCCUAAAAUCUAUCAAUGCGGCGGUGUCUUGAUAUCAGUGAGCUAUGUGCUUACUGCGGCGCAUUGCAUUUAUAACUCCACGCGUGGCAAAGUUUUUCUGGGCUCGACAGAAUUUGCCAAUCCCACAACGUCGGCGGCUGUUUAUAAUGUGAGUGCAAGUGACUUCGUCGUCUAUGAAAAGUAUACGCUGCGUGGUGGGCGUGAUGACAUCGGCCUCGUACGCCUACCCAUGCCAACUACGUUCUCCGCGGCUGUACAAGCAAUACCGCUAGCGCGUAGCUUUAUGACACAGUCCGUGUUGGAGGGUGAAAUUGUCACCACAUCCGGUUGGGGACUAACCAGCGAUGGGGAUAGUGAAAAAAUGGAAUUCAAUUUGUUGUUAUACUAUGUGGAUGCGCCGGUGAUGCCGCAAAGAGAAUGCGCCUGCUAUUAUCUGCCUGGUUUGGUGCGUAGCCUUAAUCACAUUUGUGCGAGUGGUGCUGGUGGACGUGGCAGCUGUGAUGGUGACUCUGGUGGACCACUAACCUAUUACUAUCGCAAUAAAAGCUAUUUGGUUGGCUUGACCGCCUUUGGCAGCGCUGGCGGCUGUGAAAUUGGUUUCCCUUCGGUAUAUACGCGUAUAACUUCAUAUCUAGAUUGGAUUGCAAAGCAAACAGGAUUGAAAGUUGAUUGA